CGUGGAGUAGAAAUUACCUUGCCAGAUUGGGACUUCAGGGUGAACUUCGCUCGACGCUCGGCCAAUGCUCAUCAGGCUGUUCAGGGCACAACCCAGAAUCUCAAAUUUGAAGGAAUUAGAGGAUUUAUUCACCAUUCAAAGAAGCUUUCUGAAUAAAGUGACGAUUUCAUUCUGACUCAUAAGUUUCGAGAGGUGACCUUGCAGAGCCAUGAUUGAGUUUUGGUACUAAGAUUUAACAUGGGGCAUCUCAAAUCUUGGUUGGAUCAUUGCUUCACACCGGUACCGGUACAAUCCAAGACAGGAAGAUCCUCUUUCGCCCAACGCCCAACAACCGAGGCAGAACCCUCAUUUUUUGCGAAGGAGAAAAAAGAAACAAAGCAUCACUUCUUCGGUACCAACUUCUCCCAUCGACACCAUGACGAGGCUUCCGUUUCUUCUUGUUACUAUCAUUUCUCUUGUUGCUUCCAACGCCUGGGCCCUCCGUCUGAGUGGAGACACCCUUGAGACGACGAAAGGAGCAGGACACGACCAGUUUGCUCGCCGCCUUCCCCACUUCCGCACUUGGGAUAGCGACAUUUUUUUCAACGCCAUUGAUUGUUCGGCGGAAUCAGGAUCUUGGACUUUGGCGGAUGGAGAUGGAGAUGGUGAAAAGAUUUCUAUUUCGUGGUCCACUGGAUCUUCUUGUUCCUUCGCAGGAGAUAUCACUCUGAAGCGUGGUCUUAUUGGGCGGAGGAGACUCAGCUCUGAUAGGUCCAGGAGGCUCGAAGAUGGCUUAUUCAAUUUGAGUUUUCGUGGCAGCGUGGGCUUUCUCAAUAAUAAACGUGAUGCCAUUCUCCUGAGCGGAGUGCUCACCGAUGGCGACGGCAAUUCAAAGAACGCUGUGAUACUGAUUGCUCUUUCAACAUCCACGAGGAGGCGAAGGUUGGAAGAUGGAAUUGCUCGUGACAUUUCAAUCGGAUUUGACGCUUCGAUCCUUAUUGACACUGCAAACGAUCUUAUCAAAGUCAUCAGAUCUACAGAUGGAUCCGAAUUGACGUCGCCCGACUACUCCACAUACAUUGAUCCUGCUUCCUCCUCGGAUUCCAAUACACCCAGCAGUACUCCCGCAUCGAGUUGCUUCCCCGAAGUGGCCACGGCUCAAGUCAAAGGCACCGGUCCCGUAGCAAUGAAGAAUCUUCAACUGGGGGACCUUGUCUUGACCACCACCGGCAACGAGGACGCAUAUUAUGAGAAAAUCUAUGCCUUUGGACACUACAGUCCGAAGACAGAGGCGGCAUUUGUUCAAUUGGUAACUGACGAUUCCACUUUGGAGAUGACUGGGGAGCAUUUGGUUUUUGUGGCCAACAAAGUCAACCCCGUUCGUGCCGAUUCCAUCCAAGUGGGCGACAUCCUCCAACCAGCGGCCAAGGUUGCCGAGAUUAACACUGUGCACCGUAAGGGACUCUAUGCUCCUCUUACGGCUUCUGGACGUUUGGUCGUCGACGAUAUCCUUGCAUCAUCCUACAUCAGCUUGCAAGAUGAGCAGGCGGAAUUUGUGGCUGUGGGCAGUGUUACCACUGGAAUCUCCCAACACUGGUUUGUGCACCUCAUGCUAUCCCCCUUUCGUACCAUGUGCUCGGGAAUGAUGGGAAGCAAGAACAGCGACUGGUGCCAUGCCUACAAUGACGACGGCUUGCCUCAUUUCAUUGGAACCGGCAUGGAUUUCCAGCAUUGGGUUGAAAACCAGAAUGUGGCGUUACAGUGGAUGCUGCUUGGAACGGUUCUAAUGAUUGCGGGAGUGUGCAUGUUUGUUGAGAAUUUGUUUGGCGUCUUGGCGGUGAUUCCUACUGCCACUGUGAUUGUGGGUGGGGCUGCGUUUGUUUUCUUCAAGGCCAACCACCUUGCUGUUCGUGGCAGCAAAGUGAAGCGUAUCUGAGUGACUGAAUGCUACAUAGAAGACGCAAUGGCAAUGGCGUACCAUGAUAACGGGUGACACUGCUGCGGCACCGUGUCAAUGCGCUCUUGGUUCCAUGGGUUCUUACUGCUUAUUACAUAGCUGCAUUGUCCAGAUUCGUCCCGAAAAGUUAAUAUAAGACACAAUUGUACACU